AUGACGCAGUUUCUCCCUCCCAAUUUACUUGCUCUCUUCGAAGCUAGGCCGCCUAUUCAAUAUCUUCCGCCCUUCGAUGAGUUGCUGAUAGACAAAAACGAAAAGCGUCCAGCGAUUACUGGAAUCGCACAAUACGUAUCUCAAUUUGAGGUUUGUUCGUAGAUUCUGCUAUUUGAAACCAUAUAUAUAGUUUUUUUUUUCAGGACCCCGUAGAGACGCCUGAAAAACCCAUAGUUGAAACGCGAGAGCAGAAAAAAGAACGUCGAAGGCGUGAAAAAGAAGAACUUCUUGCCUACAAGGUUUUUGCAUCGAUGAAUUAAACUUUUUAGAAAGAAUGCGAUUUGAUCGGACAUUUCUUAGUUCAAAUUUCAAAAAAAAAAAACUCAUUCUAGGUAGAACAAGGAAUCGCACAAUGGAAUCCUGCAGAAAAUCAACACUCCACUGAAGACCCAUACCGGACUUUGUUUGUCUCCAGAAUUGUCAGUUUCUUUUUCUAAUUAUGCUCACCAAGAUAUUUUGUUUUCAGAACUACGAAACAUCAGAGAACAAGCUAAGACGAGAAUUUGAAGCCUUCGGCAAGAUCAGGAAAUUGACGAUGGUGCACGAUAAAAGCGGAAAGCCGCGUGGCUACGCUUUUAUCGAAUAUAGUGAUAAAGCUGAGAUGCACAGUGAGUGCAAGCUCCUUUUUUGAGUAGGAUGAGCGCGUUGGAACAGUUUCGGAUUAGUCUUUAUCUCUUCCCACUAUUUUUAAUGCUGUUCUGAUUACAGCACUUCGCCUGAUACUGUGAUGAAAUGUUCCUCAGUGCGAAUGACCCUUACGUUAUAGGUUUGUUUGAGGCAUCGCUCAAGCAUUCAAUUUUCUAACACACACAAGUUCCGUGUUUUUUGUUCUCUUAACUUUCAUUGCUUGAAUGAUGUUCUGAACAGUUGCCCCCCUGCAUUUCGCGUUCCUGCGCUUGGUUUGUUUACGGAUGGCGGUAAAAUCUUGUUAGAAAUUUUGAAUUUUGUAAAUUUACUAGAGUUCAGUUUGCUCUAUGUAAUCCAAAAAAAACGGGUAAGCUAGGUAAGUUGCUGGAUUACCCUGCGCGCUCAAUUUCAAUUACCUGUACGUUGGUAGGUCACGGUUUUUUUGAAAUAAAUUCAAAAAAACAUUAUUUCAAAUAAAUUUUUUUCAUUUACAUUGAAGUUUAACAGCAAAAAAAUUUUGUAUAUAUAAUUUAACAAUCCAAUUCACUUUUUUUUAUAUUAAUCUUCCAUGAAAAUAUUGAAAUUUCCUUUCAUUAGCCUCCGUAUCCAAUUUUUUUUUAAAAAUUGAAGGGCUUAGUUUGACAUGAAAUAGUUGAACGAGGAAAUCUAUGUUUUUGAUUCAAAGACAAAAAAAAAAUCAUAAUUUUGUUGGUUCAGCUUUUCCAUACUUUAUUCUAAAGCAUGAUUUCAAUAAUUUUUUUCUCAGAUGCGUAUAAACGGGCUGAUGGAGUGAAAGUUGAUGGUCGUCGUCUUGCAGUUGACUACGAGCGUGGUCGUACUCAGAAAUCGUGGCUUCCAAGGAGAUUAGGUUUGAAAAUAACCGUUUUUUCUCUUUUAACUGAAAUUUCUAGGUGGAGGCAAAGGCGACACGAGAAAAACGCGCGAGUCCAAAGCAGUAUUAGAAGAAAGAGAAUAUGCUAAUGGAAUGGAUCGAGAUAGGGAUAGAGAAAGGAGCGGGUGAGUUUUUCAUGAAAAGAAAAAAAGUAGUUCUAAAUAUGUUUAAUCACAGAAGUCGUGGUUUUGAAUCCCGCAGAGACUCGGGCCGUGAUCGUGACAGGGACAGAAGACGUUCUCGAGAACGUGACGGUGGACGAAGGUUCGUUUUCCUCUUUUUACAAAAAAAUCUUUUAUUCUGAACUCGAAGUAUUUUUUUACGCAGAACGGAAGACAGAAAAAAAGAAGAGGCACUGGUUGUUUAUCCAGUUUUUCAUUUAUUUUUUUCAUCAGUUUUUUUCUCAGUUUGAAAAAGUAUGUUCUUAUACGGAAAAAAACUUUAGAAAAAAAGGAAAAAAAUUGAUUAAAAAAAUAAAAUUCAAAGUAAAAAAAUGGAAAUAAUCAUUUUAAAUAGUUCCAUUUUUGUCAUUAGGUUUUUAAGAAUUUUUUUCGAGCUUUGUCUGAUGAUUGAAGUUACAUAUACUUGAUAUGAGGAGAUUGGUAAUGAAUAUUUCUGUCUUUUUUAAUAGAGUCUGAGUUUCAGAGAUCGCGACAACGGAAGAGAUCGUGAUCGGGAUCGAGGUGGUCGUGAUCGCGACUACGGUGGCGGUCGUGACCACGGCGGUGGCCGUGACUUCGGCCGUGGCGCCAUCAACACUUCUAUGCGAGCUGGACCUCCUCCUUCAGGCUAUCGAUCCGAUCGCCGCUAA